CCGCCCUCUCUCCCGCCGCCACCGGGUUCUAGGAAGAUGGCGAAGGUCACAGAGCGUUACGACGUGACUUGGGAAGAAAUGCGAGAUAAAAUGAGAAAAUGGAGAGAAGAAAACUCAAGAAAUAGUGAACAAAUCAUGGAAGUUGGAGAAGAAUUAAUUAAUGAUUAUGCUUCUAAGCUUGGGGAUGACAUUUGGAUCAUAUAUGAGCAGGUGAUGAUUGCAGCCCUAGACUAUGGUCGGGAUGACUUGGCAUUGUUUUGUCUUCAGGAGUUAAGAAGACAGUUCCCUGGUAGUCACAGAGUAAAGCGGUUAACGGGCAUGCGAUUUGAAGCUAUGGAAAGAUAUGAUGAUGCUAUACAACUAUAUGAUCGAAUUUUGCAAGAAGAUCCUACUAACACUGCUGCAAGAAAACGUAAGAUUGCCAUUCGCAAAGCCCAGGGGAAGAAUGUGGAGGCCAUUCGAGAGCUGAAUGAGUAUUUGGAACAAUUUGUAGGAGACCAAGAAGCCUGGCAUGAACUCGCAGAACUUUAUAUCAAUGAACAUGAUUAUGCCAAGGCAGCCUUCUGUUUAGAGGAGCUGAUGAUGAGCAACCCGCACAACCACCUGUACUGUCAGCAGUAUGCGGAAGUCAAAUACACCCAAGGUGGACUUGAAAACCUUGAGCUUUCAAGAAAGUAUUUUGCACAGGCACUGAAACUCAACAACCGAAACAUGAGAGCUCUGUUUGGGCUUUACAUGUCUGCAAGUCAUAUUGCUUCUAAUCCAAAAGCAAGUGCAAAAAUGAAAAAGGACAACAUCAAAUAUGCCAGUUGGGCUGCUAAUCAAAUAAACAGGGCUUAUCAGAUAGACCUGGCUUGGAUGUGCUGGCUGCAGUCCUCUUGGACUCCACAGAAUUCUUUUGCAGGUCGAAGUAAGAAGGAAACCAAAUACUCUCUUAAGGCAGUUGAAGACAUGUUGGAAACAUUGCAAAUCACUCAGUCUUAAGGUUGCAGAGACUCUUUGACAUUAGAUUUCAAAACUGUACAGCUGAACGUCUUGGCCUGUGACUUAUUUACUAAAUGCCAAGUGCUGUUUGCAUUCAUUUUCUUUGAAGAGGUCAGUUAUAAAGAAUGUGUUCAAAUAAACCUCAACUUGCCUUGUAUUGAUAAGCAGGGAGUUGGAGGGAGUCCAUGGAAGAGAGAUUCAAGACCUAUUGAUUGUAUAUCUGUCUUGUUGGCCCCAUUUACCUUAAAAAUAAACCAUGAUUUAUUAAACUCAUGCAUGAAAAUCCAGGUUUCUUUUGUUAUAUUGUAAUUAGUAUGCUAUUAUAGAGCUCAUUUGUCAGCUAAGUUCUUCUCAUUGGUGUUGAUAAAUUUACAAAAUUUAUAGCUUGCAGAAACAAGUUACUUUGAAUGUUUUAUAGUGACAGACUGGAUUUUGUGGCCUGUGUGAAUGUUUAUUAUUUUAAUUUGUUCUAAUAAUAAGUCUUGCUUAAAUUAUGCCAUUCUCUACACUUGAUAAUAUCUCUGAAAUUUUUUUGAUUUAUACAUUUUGUCCAUAAAAUGUUUUGAAGGUAAAAUGGGCCUUUUUACACAUUGUGUUUAUUACAACUUUUAGUUGUGAAAUAUAGAAAAUAUGUUUAGGAUCAUAGAAAUAUCAGUGAAAGAUAUUGUUAUCACUGGGACUACUUAGUUUUGGGUAUGAAGGGAAAAAUCUAAACUGUCUUUAGGAAUAAAAUUAUUACAGUUCUCAUAUACAGUCACCUCCUUA